AUCAAAAUUUCGUCUUUCAAUCCUAUCGCAAGGGAAAGGAGGAAAGGGAAGAACAAGGAGAAGCUGUCAAAUCCAUCCUCGAUCAUUCCAAUCGGAUUGAAGCCUCCGUGUAUAGACACAUAUAUACAGAGAAACAUAUAUAGAGAGAGAGAAGAUGUAUCAUCCGACUAGAGGCGGCGUUCGCGGCGGUCGAGAUCAAUUUAGCUGGGACGACGUGAAAGUUGAUAAGCAUCGAGAGAACUACAUAGGUCACAGUCUUAAGGCUCCUGUUGGAAGAUGGCAAAAAGGGAAGGAUCUACACUGGUAUGCCAGGGACAAAAAAUCUCAGAGUGCAGAUAUGGAGGCUGCAAAAGAAGAGAUACGCAGGAUCAAAGAAGAGGAGGAGCAGGCUAUGAGGGAGGCUCUUGGCUUGGCUCCAAAGCGUGCUAACAGAACUCAAGGCACUCGAUUAGAUAAGCAUGAGUUUUCAGAACUUGUGAAGCGAGGCUCCACAGCAGAAGACUUGGGUGCAGGCCAUGCUGAAGCUGCUCAGGUUCAUGGCCUUGGUUUUGCUAGAGCGCCUCGUGCUUGGGAAGAGCCUAGUUCUCUUCAGUCCAACUUGAAGGAAGAGUUGCCUGAGAAGAUGGAGGCACCUCUGCCAAGUCCAACUGCAAGGAAUGCAGAAGAAUCGGAUGAUGAAAGGAGCCGGAAGAAACGGAGGCAUGAGGAGAAGAAACACGAAAAGCAUGACAAGCGAGAGAAACACGAAAAGCAUGACAAGCGAGAGAAGCGUCACUCGCGUGAUUCAGAUGGCAAGAGGAGAAGCAAGAAAGACAAGGAGAAGAGGAGACAUGAUUCUGAUUGACUGAUUUGCCUAUCAAUGCUGGACAAAGAUGGAGACAAUUGAGUCGCUGAUGCGAAAAGCGGGUUACAAUGGCGCCAUAACUGAAUCACUCUGGAAGGGUUACAAUGGCGCCAUAACUGAAUCACUCUGGAAGCGUAUUCGACUGACUGGUUACCAGAGUACACUCUUUACCAUGCGUUACAGUGAAUAUGUUAACUACGUCAAAAUUACCAGAGGGUGCUGCUCCUUCAAUUGUUGGGGGCAAACCUGAAAACCAUUGAUUAUUUUCGGCAACCAAGAAAAACAGAUUUGGCCUCUGUAAGGAAAAAAUAAUUGCGCUGGAAUCGAUUUGUUGGUGUUCCAACCCACAACGAUUAUUGGUAUCGACCGUGCUAAAUUAUUCUUCAAAUUCAUUUGAUUUUGAAGAGGACACCAAAUGAGUUUUAUUAUGGACUCCAGUUACUGUGUUUAUGGCAACAAAA